AUGCUAAGCUCAUAAGCUGACUUUUCCUAGGAUCAGAUAUUCAUGAGCAUUCGUGCCAUUGACCAUUGACCAUUGACCAUUGACCAUUCAUUAAUCAAUCAUUGAUCCUCUUGACCCUCUUGACCCUCUCCUUCCACCUUUCAAUGCUCCCUAUCUACAUAGUAAUCUCUCAGGGGUUCAAAGCAAGCAUUACUGCACAUUUCUUUUUUUAAAUCCAUCCUUAAACCUCCGAAAUACAUCUUUUUCAUCCAAACACUUGCAUUUGGUCUGUUGGAAGACUCUCUCUCUCUCUCUGAGCCACCAAAGAUUUCAUCCAUUCCAUAUUCUAUCCAGAACUCUUCAUUCAUUCUUUUCUUCUGCUUCUUGAAUCGGAAUAAAAAAGAAGAACAGAUCCAGUUUUAUUUUCAAACACUCCCUCCUUUACCAUUCAUUCAUCCAUCCAUUUAAUAUACAACCUUACAUGACUCUCACUCAUUGACUAAUAAGAUCUUCUCCAAUUCUUUUUCAAGCUCCAGCAUUCCAUAGCAGAGUCAAGAGCCGGGUUAACUUACGAAUCCAUUCACAUAUCGAGCCAUAUACUACAUAUUAACCAGGUAUUUCGAGGAUACGAAGCAAAUCUGAUUCACUUUGUCAAGUCCGUUCACUCGUUCAUACCACACAUCCGCAUAAACGAAUCUGGACCUUUCCUUUACAAACACCCUCUACCCACAAUUUUUGAUACCCACCGCGGCAUCCAUACACUCUUUUCUCCAAUCAUUCUAGACUCCUAUCUUGAGUCGACCCAACCUUCCAAGCCUUAAAGAAUUUCCACAAAACCGACAUCAUGGCCGAUGAUUUUGGGGGUCAUGACCCAUUAACUUCCUCAACUCUUCCUCACGACAAUCCCAAUCCAACCGUUAUUCAUCCCAAUCCUGAGAAGAUUACUCCUAGUAGACAGAGCACGAUGAGGUCUAAGGGUGGAUUUGAAGUACAUGCUAGUGGAGCGACCACUCCAAGUAGUUUCAAGAGACAAAGCAGACAUGAUUUAAAUUUGGACGAUUAUUUUGUCGGACCAAGAAACCUCGAUGCUCAUUCCAAACUUCCAUAUUUUAUGCGCCUUCAUGGAUCUGUUAUCCCUCGAAUGAUAGUACCUCUUUUCUGGAUCGCAUGUUGGUCUACUUUAAUUACAUGUAUUUCGAAAUUUUCGGGUACAGAAUUGGCUGUUAAUACCUUACUUUUGACGGUCCUUGGUUUUGUUAUUUCUUUGGCAUUAAGUUUUAAGAGUACAACUGCUUAUGAACGUUAUUCCGAUGGACGUAAAGCAUGGGCAUCUCUCUCGGUUCAAUCCCGCAACUUAGCUCGAUUCAUCUGGGUCAACAUCCAAGAACGUGAAGGUGAUAUGGGAAAAGAAGAUCUCCUUGCAAAAGUAACUGGUAUCAAUCUCAUUCUUACCUUUGCUGUUGCUCUCAAACAUAAACUUCGUUUCGAACCAUAUGCCCAUUAUGCCGAUAUCUCUGCUUUAACUCACCAUCUCAAUACUUAUGCUCAAUCGGCCACUACUCCGGAAGUCCUCAUUGAGAAGAAGAGAACACCAUGGAAGCGCACUGGUGAAUACCUUGGACUUAGUUUCGCUGCAAGUAACCCCCGAAAAGCCAUCAAGAGAUCCAGCAAGCCCGUUGGAAAUCUUCCAAAUGAAGUCCUCACCUACCUAAACUCCUACGUCGAAGGAACUAUCCGCAAUGGCACUCUCGAUUCUCCUGUUGUCUUGGGUCAAAUUCUUGGUUGCAUCAACGCCCUCACCGAUUGUUCCGCCGCCGCUGAACGUGUUCUCCAAACUCCUCUCCCUAUCGGCUACAACAUCCUCAUUUCCCAAAUUGUCUACCUCUACGUCUAUCUUCUCCCCUUCCAACUUUAUGCUUCUCUCGAAUGGAUUACCAUUCCAGGAACCAUUGCUGCCGCAUACAUCAUUGUCGGUCUCAUGGCCAUCGGAAACGAACUUGAAAACCCCUUUGGAAACGACGUCAAUGAUCUUCCUCUAGAUCACUACUGCGCCGAGCUCGCCCGCGAUUUUGAUAUCCUCACAUCCGUCAAAGCACCUUCCUGGGAUGAAAUCGUCUACGGAAGAAAAGAACGCGUGACGGCGGAUACCGAGGAAGAAUUGAUGCGCGAAAACAAAGUUCUCUGGCCACUCAGCAACUCUGGUGUCCGCAUGUGGAGAAACAGAGGUGAGAAGGAAAUCCGCGAUGCGUUGGCUGCGAAGGUCGUUGUGGCGGAUCGAAAGAGUCGAGAUGCGUUUACGAGUGCGGGAGAGGGAAGAGCGAGUACGGCGAGAGCCAGGAGUGGGAAGAGUGAUUUGAGUGCCGAUAGUGCGGAUAGUGCUGCUUAGUUGGAAAGAAGGAUAUGAGUGAGUGAGAGCGAAAAUGGUGGGUUGUACAGAUAUUCGGAAUAGAAAAGCGUAGAUUGGAUGGGCUGGGAUGGGAUAAAUUGUUAGUGAAGAAAAGCAAAUCAAUGCCGUUUGGAUGAGCGGACCGGAGUAUAUCAUACCUUCUUAUGACAGUCAAAAGUCCAUGAUUGGUACGCGCGCAAGGCAGAAAAUGGGUCGUAUGUAUGUUUGUAUGUGUGUAUGUAGUAUUUAUCGGCGUUAUUGGGAGGAGAAUAAUGGAGUUGUUUGGUUGGAUGUAGUUUAUUGUUUUGUAUUUUAUUUUACAUUCAUUUUACAUUGAUUUUAUAUCCAUUGAGAAUAUAUCUAUUG